CUGCCGGCUUCCUGUGCGCUUCCCGGCCUCGGUGCCGGUGCUUCGGUACGUGCCGUGCCAGGCGCUGCCCCAACACUGCACCCUUGCCACCGGGCCCCAGUACCAUGCUGCGCCGCAAGCCCUCCAACGCUGGCGAGAAGGAGUCAGGACACAGGAAGCUCUCCCUCCAGCGAUCCAGCAGCUUCAAGGACUUCGCCAAGUCCAAAGUCAGCUCCCCCGCGCCGAGCGAGAAGGAGUUCAACCUGGAGGAGAACAUCCCCGAGGAUGAGUCCAGCAGUGCCGGCCCCGACGAUGCUGCACGGAGCAGCGGGAUGAAGCUGGGCAAGAAGUGGCGGGCCGUCAUCUCCCGCACCAUGAACCGCAAGAUGGGCAGGAUGGCCGUGAAAGCCCUGGCCGAGGGGAAGCAGGGAGACGUGGAGGAGGAGGGGUCCCUGUGCCCCCUGUCCCCAGCCAGCAGCACAGAGGAGCCGAGCCACGAAAAGGUGCCCCUGUCCUACGUGGAGAUGGAGGAAGACGGGCACCCAUCCCUCAGCCGCCAGCUGUCCAGCGGCAGCGAAGUUUCCAGCCCCAGCCCCGGGAGCAGCAACCGGGAGAGCCUGCGGCUGGAGGAGAGCGGUCCAGCCUACACCGGCCCCUUCUGCGGCCGGGCUCGCGUCCACACCGACUUCACGCCCAGCCCUUACGACAAGGACUCGCUGAAGCUGCGGAAAGGGGACAUCAUCGGCAUCAUCGAGAAGCCGCCCGUGGGCACCUGGACCGGGCUGCUCAACAACAGGGUGGGCUCCUUCAAGUUCAUCUACGUGGACGUCAUCCCCGAGGAGACGGCCCCCGCCCGCAAGAGCCGGGGCCCCGGCAAGAGCAAGCGGCUCAAGCCCAAGACCCUCCACGAGCUGCUGGAGCGCAUCAACCUGCAGGAGCACACCUCCACCCUGCUGCUGAAUGGCUACCAGACCCUGGAGGACUUCAAGGAGCUGCGGGAGACCCACCUCAACGAGCUGAACAUCACGGACCCCCAGCACCGCGCCAAGCUACUCACGGCUGCCGAGCUCCUCCUGGAUUACGACCAUAAGACGAGUGAGCCGGAGGAAGGCGACAGCUCCGAAGCCCAGCCUUCACCCUCAGAGCCCAAGGGGGACAUUCCCCGGGACUCAGGCUGCUUUGAGGGAUCAGAGACCCUAGACGGCAACCGGGAUGAGGGCGAGCUGGGGGGUCCCGAGGGGCAGCUGCGGGCCCUCUCCCUGGCAGAGUCCUCCUGA